ACGUACGCGGACAUUGGCCUGUACCUGCGCCUCGCGUCGACGGCCUGCCUCGGUCUGCAGCUUAUCGACCUCGUGCUGCGCCUCUUUGGCCUCCAAGGCGCGCUGUGCAAGUCCUCGGCCAACAUGGCCGACCUCGCCGUCUACCUCUGCCUCUGCGCGUGCCUAGUCGCGCGGUACCGGUUUGCGGACAACUUGGCGACGGCUAAGAUCCUCAAGGACGGCUUCACCAACCAUUGGAAAGUCAAGACCAAGUACAAGCUCGACCAGAUCGAGAGCUACAUCGCGGUGGGCUACUGCAUGCUCGUGACGCUUCGCAUUCUGCUCAAGCCGGCCGCCCGCACGUACUCCAAGACGCUGCAUCGGUCGCCGAAACCGGACCGGAUCCUCAUCCAGUCGCUCCGCGCCUCGAUUCGCCUCUUGCCGCAAAUCACCGCCGCGGCGGUCGAGAGCAUGGAGAUGGAGCUGCGCAAGGUCUGCGGUGCCGAAGACGGCUGGAUGCUGCCCGAGGCCUUUAUGAUCUUUAUCGAACGCGCGUACAAGCACCGUCCGUCACGCAUGUCGACGACCGCGUUCCUCGAGCACUUUCAGCAAGUGCAGUUGGUCGAUCACCAAACAACGACUUAUGGCAUGCGCCACGUCAUGGCCUCGACGCUGCGCCACUGGGGCAAUCAAAAGCUGUUUCUGGUCUGCACGCUCUUUGUUGUGGGCGUCGCUGCCUCGAUUGUGCCCCUGCUCGCGUACCUCCUUCAGUACAUUACGGACCGCGCGUUUCCCUCCUACGUCGUCAAGAGCAUGACCCAGGACCUGAUCGACUACGCGUACGAAUCCGGGUUUCAGUCGCUCUUUAUCAAGACGUACUCGAAAAACGUCACAGCCUUCGACAACGGCACGGAAACCGAGCUCGAUUUUUACGACAAGGACGCGCUGGUCAUGGGUAUCCUUGGCCUCAUGGCCAUCUGCGUGCCCUUCAUCGCCGCCGACUACGCCAUGGGCUUUUUCCAGUCGAAACUCAUUUCGCGCGCGACUAAGCACCUCCAGACGUCGCUGCUGCGUGUGAUUUUGCAGCAGCCGUCGAGCUUCUUCCACGACCGGUCCGAAGGCGACCUCAACAACCUCUUCCAAGCCGACAUUGCGCGCGUCAACGCCAUGUGGCAAGCCGUGUUUUGGAACUUUCUCAACCCUGUCGUGUCGAUCUCGGUCGGGUUUGUCUACUUGAUGACGCUCGAGCCGAUCAUUGGCAGCUUGGCGUUUGCAUUUGCCAUCAUCAUUGUGACAUCCGGUCCGCAAGGCCGCGCCGGCAAACGAUCGCAGUACUUUGGGUCGCAGAACGCCCACGUCGCGGCCGAUGUCCAGAACGCGAUCGCGUGCAACAAGGUGGUCCACGCGUACGAGAUCCAGGCGCCGAUUCUGGCCAAGUUUGGCGCCAGCUUUGGAACGCUCCGGAGUGCGCAAUUCGCCAAAGACUUUUGGAGCGGCAUCGUCCAGAUCUACAUUGAGUCGGCCAUGUUUGUGUUUGUCAUGGUCAUGACCAUCUGCCUCGGCAUCAAGACGUACCGCGGCGACAUUACGUCGGGUGAGUUUUUCGCGUGCUUGACGCUGCUCAACCGCAUCUCGACGCCCGUGACGGUCCUCGGCGGCUUUAUGCGCGUGGCCAUUGGCAACGCGUCGAGUCUCCAGCGCCUCGACGAGAUCCUCGUCCAGGCGGACAAGACGGCCAAGCAGCUCCAGCAGUCGGACAUGACGCUGCCAGAGCUCCCCAAGAUGCAGCACGCACUCACUGUGGACCAUGUCUCGUUCAAGUACGACGCUGAGAGUCCGCACUGGAUCCUCAAGGACGUGACCGCGCUUUUUAAAAAGGGCGAGUACGCGUGCAUUGUGGGUCCGAGUGGCUGCGGCAAGAGCACGCUCCUCGGCUGCCUCAUGCAGUUUUACCCAAUCUCGGCCGGCGCGCUCCGCCUCGACGCGUACGACACGCAACAAUACUCGAAAGCGAGUCUGGCCGACCAGACCGCGGUCGUGUUCCAGGACGGCGGCGUUCUCAACGGCUCGAUCCUCGACAAUAUUGCGUAUGGCCGGGACGGGGCGACCCGUGAAGCGUGCUUGGAAGCGGCCAAGCUGGCCGAGUGCCACAUCUUUGUGGACGGUCUCAAGGACGGCUAUGACACGAUCAUUGGUCAGCACGCAGUCGUCAACCUCAGUGGCGGCCAGAUCCAGCGCAUCUGCCUUGCGCGCGCAUUGGUGCGUCAGCCGAGCCUGCUCUUGCUGGACGAAGCCACGAGCGCGCUGGACCCCGAGACCGAAGCCAGCAUUGUGCAGACGCUGGAGAAGCUUGUGCGCUCGUUGGACAUGACGAUUAUCUCGGUCACGCAUCGCAUUGCGACGACGCAGAACGCCGACGUCAUCUUUGUCAUGCAAGCCGGCGCGAUUGUCGAGCGGGGCACGUACAACGAGGUCGCGUUGCGUCUGCUCUUCAAGCCCAAGUCGGUCUUUGCAGAGCUUGCCAACUCGCGGCAGUCGCCGACGAACCGGUCGAUCCGGUUUGGCUCGCGUGCGACGAGUAGUAAGGACGACGUGUCGACGUCGGCCGCGCUCCUCCGCCUGACGCGCAACCUGGACAACCGCAGCCAACUCGAAGAGCGGGCACGCUCGCGCUCCGCCGUGAGCCGCAAUCGGUCGCAGAACGGCAGCACGCUUCGCAACACGAACCUCGAGACCACGGAUCGGUUGAGUGAAAAUAGCCGCGGGGGCUUUCUCAUCUUGUAGAGAGAGUGCGGUCGACGUGCCGAUAGACAAUCCUGUGCAACAUGAUGUUUUUAGAGACGCCA